CUUUAAUUCUACAUGUUGCUGCUGAAAAUGGAAAAGAUUGGACCGAACUUCUGUCAGAGAUGCCAGGAAAAAACGAGCAUUCAAGCCAAAUAAGCAAAGAGCUACGGGAAAUAGUAUUUGUCAUCCAGAGUCAGAAGAAUUCUUAUCAUUUGAAAAAAGCAGAUGAUCUUAAACGAAGUAUUUUAAAACAGGCUGCCUCUUUGGGAAAGGAAAUGCCUACCGUUCUGCUUACUCAUCAGAUGGACAGACAUGAAGGGACAUGGACUAUUUUACCAUUAAUGCAUGAGUUUUCUGUUUCAUACAGCAAAAACUCCUCAUGGAUUUUUUUCUGUGAAGAGGAUACAAGAAUACAGAUUGUAAAACUACUGAAAACGCUUAGAAGAUAUGACAAAUCUAAG